AAAACAAAGGGCCGUCUCCGUCUCUCCGGCGGGAAACCAAAAGCUGAUAGAGAAUAAUAAUAAUAAUAAUAAUAAUAAAGAAAAUAAAGGGGAGAAAAGAGAGAAAACUUAAGAAGCCAUGGCGAAAGAGACGGAAGAGGAUCUCCUUCUAAAGAGCUUCAUGGCUGAAGUCAGCGAGGUCGGAAGAGACAACGAAAUCCUCAGGAUACUUUCGUGCUUUAAAUUGAAUCCUUUUGAACAUCUAAAUUCACCCUUUGAUUCAUCAACUGAUGAUGUGAAGAAGCAAUAUCGAAAGUUGCCUUUGAUGGUUCACCCUGAUAAAUGCAAGCAUCCCCAAGCAAAAGAGGCAUUUGCAGCAUUGGCGAAAGCUCAGCAAUUGUUACUUGAUCCCCAGGAAAGAGAGUAUGUUCUGAGCCAAGUUAAUAAUGCCAAAGAAGAACUCAGGGCAAAGAGGAAGAAACAAUUGAAGAAAGAUAAUGCUUCAAACAUAAAUUCACUGGUAGAUGAGUUUUCUUUCAGGAUGAUUUCAUAUUUAUUUCUUCCUCUGAUGGUGUCACCUAUUUCAUGGCCAGAUUACUCUUCUAGCGCGAUGGAAAAUUUUCCUUUCACAAGAGAAGGAAAUACAUCAAGGGAAAGCAUGAACAGCAGUAUGAGCAAUCGGCAGAAUUUUAGCAACAACUGAAACUGAAAGUACACGAGAUCUUAACUAAUCAAGAGUGGCACCUGAGAAAAAUGGCAAUGAGGAUAUCAGAAGAAGAAGGAAUACUGAAGAACGACGAAGAAGAAACAAAGGAGAUGUGGAAGAGGAAGCGUGAACACGAGGAGCAGCGGGAAGGGACAAGAGGAAAAAGGGUAUGCGUAUAAUAGUUUAUUCUGAUAAAAUUCAUAUUAGUUGAUUGUUCGAUAUAUUUUAACAAUAUUAACGGUAAAAUGUCAUUCUCUGCAGAAACACUAUUGUAGUUUUACUAAGUUGCGCGCGAUUGUUCCAUUUCAUAAUUUGAAUCUAUAUCUUGUAAUCCUAAUAUCCUAUAAUGCGAUGAGAGCCUCGCUAGCAAAUCGAAGGCUAUUCUUAAUUUAGCAAACUUGAUUGCUCAAGGUCUUGGUUUCUAACAUUUUCUUCCGUACCCAACAUUACAUGAAACUGUUUGACUAAAAUCUACUAAUCAUCCCGACUUUGUUGUGAGUUUAGGUAUCCAGUUGGAGAGAUUUUAUGAAAGCUGGGGAAAAGGGUAAGAAAGGGGAGACUAAUUAAACCACCAAAGCUCAAAACAGAAGAUCCAAACAAGUCCUCUGUGCAGAGACCAGUGAAGCGAGGUUGAAGUUCUCCUACCGCUAAUGAAAUAGUCGAUAAAAAUGAUCAUAUUAUAACUCGACAAAAACAGAUUUCUCAGAUAUUACAAGUGAAUCUGUUUGAACUUUAUAAUCUGUGAAAGUGUAACGGAAAUAAAUUUCAUGUAAGGGGGUUGGAUUCGUUCGAA